AUGCAACUUAAAAGUUUAGUUUUUAAAGCUGGAUAUUUGCAAUUAAUCAAUGAGAAUAAUAAACUUAUACAUGUGAUAAUGGUUUUGUUAAAGUUAAAAUAACAGAUUAAUGUUUACAAUGUAAUAGCACUUGCUUAACUUGUUAUGGUUAAGAAUUAAAUUAAUGCUUAAAAUGUUAGGAUGGAUAUUAUUUAGAUACACAUGUUAAUAAUGCAAAUAACUUUGUUCAAAUAAUUGUUUAAUUUGUACAUUUAAUAAUAUAUGCACAAAUUGUUCCUCUGA